UUAAGGCAUCACUGUGGAAAUUUGUCUGCAACUGGGGUGCUAUGCAGGCCUGUCUGUGUGACUGUCAGGGAGAACUGUCCUGCCACAUGAAGGACACAGCCCCAGGGGGCUUUUCUUCAUAGCCCGAAGAAGCUGCAGGAAACUCACCCUAGUGGGACAAAGACCGAUGCAGGGUCAGUCCCACAGCCAGUGAGGGAAACAGGCUGGACGCGGGCCUCCUCCCCUUGGGCCUGACUUGUGACAGGGAAGCGAAUGCAAGGAGUAGCAGCGGGGAGGGUCACCACAGUCCUGUCCUGCGGGUGGCCUGACUGAGGGUGGGGAGCGGGUACUCCUGCCAGACCAGCCUGGCUGCCACGGUUCCAGGGACCGUUCCCCCCAGCCCAGUCCCCGCACCCCACUCCUUAGCUUUAUGACUUCAUUUGCUGAAGUCACCCAGAGACAAUGCUGAGUGUUCCACCCAAUCCUCCCAAGCUGAGCCCAGCCCAGCCAGACACCUCUCAGUAGCGUAAAUGAAGACAAUGCCUGCUGGCCCACGUGGUGGGGGGAUGUAGACGGCAGUGGCGCCAGCCACUCCUGGCACCAUGGACGAUGCCACAGUCCUAAAGAAGAAGGGUUACAUCGUGGGCAUCAAUCUCGGCAAGGGUUCCUACGCAAAAGUCAAAUCUGCCUACUCCGAGCGCCUCAAGUUCAAUGUGGCUGUCAAGAUCAUCGACCGCAAGAAAACGCCCACCGACUUCGUGGAGAGGUUCCUUCCUCGGGAGAUGGACAUCCUGGCCACUGUCAACCACUGCUCCAUCAUCAAGACCUACGAGAUCUUUGAGACCUCUGACGGGCGGAUCUACAUCAUCAUGGAGCUCGGCGUCCAGGGCGACCUCCUUGAGUUCAUCAAGUGCCGGGGGGCCCUGCACGAGGACGUGGCGCGCAAGAUGUUCCGACAGCUCUCCUCGGCCGUCAAGUACUGCCACGACCUGGAUGUCGUCCACCGGGACCUCAAGUGCGAGAACCUUCUCCUCGACAAGGACUUCAACAUCAAGCUGUCUGACUUUGGCUUCUCCAAGCGAUGCCUGCGGGAUGGCAAUGGACGCAUCAUCCUCAGCAAGACCUUCUGUGGGUCGGCGGCGUACGCGGCCCCCGAGGUGCUGCAGGGCAUCCCCUACCAGCCCAAGGUGUAUGACAUCUGGAGCCUGGGUGUGAUCCUCUACAUCAUGGUCUGCGGCUCCAUGCCCUACGACGACUCUGACAUCAGGAAGAUGCUGCGUAUCCAGAAGGAGCACCGUGUGGACUUCCCGCGCUCCAAGAACCUGACCUGUGAGUGCAAGGACCUCAUCUACCGCAUGCUGCAGCCUGACGUCAGCCAGCGGCUCCACAUUGACGAGAUCCUCAGCCACUCGUGGCUGCAGCCCCCCAAGCCCAAAGCCAUGUCUUCUGCCUCCUUCAAGAGGGAGGGGGAGGGCAAGUACCGCGCUGAGUGCAAACUGGACACCAAGCCAGGCUCGAGGCCUGACCACAAGCCCGACCACAAGCUUGGAGCCAAAAACCAGCACCGGCCGCUGGUGGUGCCCGAGAACGAGGACAGGAUGGAGGACAGGCUGGCCGAGACCUCCAGGGCCAAAGACCAUCACAUCUUCGGAGCUGAGGUGGGGAAAGCAAGCACCUAGCAUGGUGACAGCCCCAUCAUGUGUCGUGGGGGCGGGGGGUGGGGGGGCACGUGUCGCGGUUGGCCUUCACAUAAACUAAGUAGGCAGGUAGGAUCUGAAGAAGGCACAGGUGCAAGUAAAAUUCGUCAAUUAAACCACUAUUUUGAUUACA